UUUUAAUUAUGAGAUUUAUUAUAUAAAUCGUAAAUAAUUUAAUUAAUUAAAACUAUAAAGAGCAGCUCAUUUGCUUGCUCUCUUUCCCGUCGCCAAAUCACACCAGGUGGGCGAAACAGAGUAAGAUCUGAUGUACUCGGUAGUGGAUCUUUAUUUAACGAAAGAUCAUGAUGGCCCUUGAAAAUAAAGAAACUAUUCAAAGGAGCUGUGAGGCAUCCUUAAAAUGCCUCCAGACCAACGGAUUCCCAUACGGGAAUUCAAUUGAUAUUUUUCCAGAGCUUAAAGAAGAAAUCAGUGUGCACUCAGGUGGGGAUGUUGUGGAACCAGUUCACUCAAUAAGCAGCGAAUUUCUUGAACUUCCUAGUGAAUUUCACAGCAAACCUACCUACCAUCAUGAUUUUGGCUUGUGGUCAACCUUCUAUCCUGACUCUCAAAAGGUUCAGCAGUGCCAAAUGAAUUGCUUUAAGAGUCAAGUUUAUCCCUUUCCUAUGGAAACUCGAUUUCAGUAUCCCCUGUCUAAUAUGUACUCCCAAGGUUACCCCUAUGAAUUUCAGUUCCAAGAUUUUCAGUAUUUUGUAGUCAUAGACUUUGAGGCUACUUGUGACAAGGAAAAAAAUCCCCAUCCACAAGAGAUAAUUGAGUUUCCAUCUGUCAUUGUGAGCAGUGUAACUGGCCAACUAGAAGCAUGUUUCCAGACAUAUGUGCGGCCAACUUGCAAUCAGCUCCUAAGUGAUUUCUGCAAGGAUCUGACUGGUAUCCAGCAAAUCCAGGUGGACCGAGGUGUCACACUUAGUGAGGCUCUCCUUAGGCAUGACAAAUGGCUUGAGAAGAAGGGGAUAAAAGACACUAACUUUGCUGUGGUUACAUGGUCAAACUGGGAUUGCCGAGUGAUGUUAGAAUCUGAGUGCCGAUUUAAGAAGAUCAGGAAGCCCCCUUACUUUAAUCGGUGGAUCAACUUGAAAGUUCCUUUCUGUGAGGUAUUUGGUGGUGUUAGGUGCAAUCUAAAGGAGGCUGUGGAGAUGGCAGGCCUAGCAUGGCAAGGCCGUGCUCAUUGUGGACUGGAUGACGCCAAAAACACUGCUCGCCUACUUGCCCUCCUCAUGUGCAGGGGUAUCAAAUUCUCCAUAACAAACUCACUAAUUUGGCAGACAACUGAUGGUUCAUUGCCGUCCCCUGACCGUCUUUCCUCACUACAUCAACCCUAUAAACCUAAGGAAAUGCGUAUUCCUUUUUUCCAUUAUCACCCUUUCUGUUACUGCGGAGUGGAGAGCAGCAAAGGCAUGGUUCGGAAGCCUGGACCAAAGCAAGGGAGCCUUUUCUUUGGCUGUGGCAACUGGACUGCAACUAGAGGUGCCCGCUGUCAUUACUUUGAAUGGGCAUCUACGUGACGUGAAACUAUGGAAAGACCUCUUUAUGUUUCGCCAUUGCAUCUUACAAUCAUGUAAUAUGUAAAAAAAAUUAAAAAAGGGAUGGAAAGAAAUUUAGUGGCCUAGUUGGUUGUCUCCUAGUAGAAGCGGCUGUUUGGUGAGGUUUCUGCUUUAAAGAGAGAGUGAAGUAUAAAUAGCUGGCUCAAGAGUGUGGUAAAAAUGUGGGGAGCUACAGCCUGUAAAGCUGACUUGUGGACAGGAGAACAAAUUGGGAAUGCGAGGAAUGGUAGUUAGGAUGAGUUUUACAUGCUUAGGCGUGCUAAAUUAUCAAUAUCAUAAAUAAUCAGUGAGAUAGAGACAACUGGGUUUCCUAUGGAUUUCUAAUGGGAAUAUGGGUAGAAGUGGUUGCCUUCA